GCCAUUUCGCUCUCUCUCGUUUCCUUCGCUUCCUUCCUUCCUUCCUGCAAUCACCACGCUCUCCUCCUCUCUCUCUCUCUUCACCAAUCUCCCCGCUGUCCGCCACCGUCUUGGAGGCGGCGCUGACUCCCUCCCACCGCCACAGAAUGGCGACGAUGAGGGCAUCCAGGGGGGCGGAGAUGGAGCCCCUGACCUCCGGCGCCAGCAACCGCAUAAUCCCGGUCCUCAGGGCCCUGCAGCGCUCCCUGGUCUUCGUCUACACGCUCCUCUUCUCCCUCCUGCUCCUCCUCCCCCGCCGCCGCCAGAACCGCCGCCUCUCCCCCUCCAAGCUCAGGAAGCGGGAGGAGGAGGACACGCUCCGGAGGAGAGCCCUCGCCGAGGGCUUGGAGAUGGUGUUCGACGACGGCGAAGGUGCCAGCCUCUGCCGGUGGGACACUUGCCUGUUCUCCGGAGUAACGAGGAACUCUUUCUUCUGCCGAUCUUGGUUCCCGGUCUCCGGUCAAACCAAGGGUAUUUUGCUCAUCAUACACGGCUUGAAUGAGCAUAGUGGGAGAUAUGCUCAGUUUGCAAAACAGCUUACCUCAUGCAACUUUGGCGUCUAUGCAAUGGAUUGGAUUGGGCAUGGUGGAAGUGAUGGCUUACAUGGAUAUGUUCCUUCACUCGAUCUUGUGGUCACUGAUACGGCAGCUUUCCUGGAAAAAAUCAAAUCAGAAAAUCCUGGAGUUCCAUGCUUCCUCUUUGGGCAUUCCACAGGAGGGGCAGUGGUUUUGAAGGCUGCUUCCUAUCGUCAUGUAGAAGAAAUGCUGGAGGGUAUCAUAUUAACUUCACCGGCUUUGCGUGUUAAGCCUGCACAUCCAAUCGUCGGGGUGGUAGCUCCACUUUUUUCAUUGGUGGCUCCACGGUUCCAAUUCAAGGGUGCAAACAAGAGGGGGAUCCCAGUAACGAGGGAUCCAGUGGCCCUGAGGGCCAAAUACGAUGAUCCUUUGGUCUACACUGGGCCCAUAAGGGUCCGAACAGGCCACGAGAUAUUACGGAUCUCUUCUUACCUGAUGCGCAACUUCAGGUCCAUUACUGUCCCAUUCUUUGUUCUUCAUGGGACUGCAGAUCGGGUCACCGACCCGUUGGCUUCUCAGGAUCUGUACAAUGAGGCAGCGUCUGAGUUCAAGGACAUCAAGCUCUAUGAAGGGUUCCUGCACGAUCUCCUCUUUGAGCCUGAGCGGGAAGAGAUUGGAAGGGACAUUAUCAGUUGGAUGGAGAAGAAGCUGAGUGCGGGUCUCGUUCAAUGAAGCGUGUUUGCCUGACCGUGUAAGUGGCUAUAGAACCAGCAAGUUGCUGUGUCACAAUGAUUUAUAAGUUUCGCUAUAUAGUAUUUGCCCUUCUGCUAAAUUAGUCGAGGGAAAUUGUAUUUAGCAUUACCAGGAAAGUACUAUUUCCCCGUUUAUCCAGAAGUCGUUGGUUAUCCUGAUUCCAAAUGCAAGGAGCAUGGAUAGACGUAUAUAUAUACGUAUGUGUAUAGAUUGGCUUGAUGUACGUAUGUUCAGUCUAGACAAUACGGUUUUGUUUUUUUUGUUUUUUCAUUUUUUUAAUCUAUAUACGUAUAAUAUCAUUGUCGGGUCA